AUGAGUUCAUAUCUUUAUCGAACACAAGCAAUGCUUCAAUUUCCACGUUAUAUACCUACAUUAAUAGCUCGUGCUCAGGCUAGUCAAAAUACUGCAACACCACCAACACCUGGCUCAGGUGUACCAAUAUCAGGUAGUACAAAAACAGUCUCACAAUCAGGUGGAACAAAAAAAGGUGAUUCAUCAGUUUUACCAAAAAGUUCAACAAAAUCAGAUCAUACAAAUCCAACAAAAACAAGUUCUGAUGCACCACCAUUAUCUCAUGAAACUGUUGAUUUAAAAAAUAAAGAAACUGAUAAAACAAAACGAACAUCUUCUUCAUCAUCAUCAUCAUCGUCAAGUGGUAGUAGCAGCAAAAGUUCAUCAUCAUCAUCAAAAGAUUCAAAUGAACAACAAUCCUUUAUGAGUACACCAAUUGGUCAAUUUGGUACAAUUGCUGUUCUUGCUGUUACUAUUUACGCCGGUUAUAAAAUGAUGAGUGGUAAUAAAAAUGAUUUAAAAACUAAUGACCAUUAUAAACGAGCUACAGCUGAUUAUCAAGCAGCCAAUACUCAAGGUACUGAUAUGUCUUUAAAUACUCGUAAAAAACGAAAAAGAGAAUUACGAGAAGAAUAUAUUGAACAAGAUGGAUUAAUAUUUCAAUUACCUGAUGAAACACUUCUUUCUAUAUUUAAAUAUUUAACAAUAGAUGAAUUGAUUGUUGCUGCUAGUGUUUGCAAAUGGUUUCGUUGUAUUGCUUAUGACGAGGAAUUCUGGACAACUAUUGAUUUAACAUCAAAACCAUAUUCAAAUCGACAACUACUUAAAUUAUUACAUCGUUUUCCUCGUAAUUGUACGGAAGUAUUAAAAAUCUCUGGUGGAUCAAUUCAUAAUAAUUCUGGUAAACUACCUUUAUUUACUGAACAAUUAAGUACUUUAAUACAAAUAUCUUAUCCAAAUCUUCGUUAUUUGCAUAUAUCACAAUAUGAUUUUCAUCCUAAUCAAAGAACUAUAAAAAAUAUCACUUGUUUACCAUCGAAUCUUCAAGGUCUUUAUUUAACAAAAUGUGAAAUGUUAGCACCGGAUAUAUCAGGACCAUCAGCUUUUUUUCAAGUAUCUAAAACUUCAUCAAAUUUUCAACAACUUGAAAUACUUUCAUUUGAAAAUUCUACAUGUCUUCAAUCGAUGUAUAUUAAAUACUUACCUGAACUAUGUCCAAAUUUAGUUGAACUUAAUCUAAAUGGUUGUUUUCGUAUAAAAUCAAUUCCAGUAUUUAUAAAUACACUUAUAUUAUAUAGUAAAACACUUCGUCGACUUUAUUUAAGUGAAACACAAAUUAAUGAUGAUACAAUACAUUCUAUAUGUCGAAAAUUAAAACGUUUAAAUAUAUUGAAUAUUAGAAAUUGUAAAAAUGUCACUAUUAAUAUCGUCGAAAAUUUAGUAACAUUAAAACAAUUACAAAAAUUAAUAGCAAAUGAUAAUAUUCAAACUUUAUAUGAACAGAAGAAAAAUGAAGAGAACUGA